ACAAUUUGAGAUAUUGACUCAAUGUUUGAAAAGCCAAAGACACUUUCUAUCUAGAGUCAAGGAGCUCGAGAACGAAAACUCAUAUGAUGCAGCAGACUAGCACAAUUAGAUUGGUUAUUCUAAACACCGAUGGAUGUAAGAGCGUGAUACAAAAUUCAUAAUCAACAUUCUUAAAAACAAUUCGAGAUAUCGAUUCACUAUUUGGAAAACAAAGACACUUUUUAUUUGGAGUCAGGGAGCUCGAGAACGAGAACUCAUAUGAUGCGGACCAUCACAAUUAGAUUGGACAUUAAACAUUGAUGAAUAUAAGAGCCUGAUACAAGAUUAAUAAUUAACCUUAUUUUAACAAUUCGAGAUAUUUAGAUCCGUUGGUUUAUGACAUGAUAUCAAAAUUGGUUUAGCCAAGUGGUCGAGUGUUCAAAUCUCCAUGAUCCCCAAUAUGAUUAACAGUUGUCGGUCGGCUUAAAGCACUGUGCAAACUCCAAACCCAUAAGUUGAAUUUCAUUUGAGAGGCGUGUAAAAUAGUGAUAUAAGAUUCAUAAUUAACCUUCUCUCAAAAACUCAAAUUAUUAAGACUGGACGGUUCAUGAGGAUGAAAACACGAUACACUCUCCUUCUAUCACGGCAGCUCGCAUCAUUGUGAAGUGACAAUUGAUGCAAACUUUUUGAAAAGGAGGUUCUGUUACCCUAUACACAUUAUUUUUAUCACUAAUAGUUUUGGCCCCAUCCACAUCGGAUCCAUUCAAUAAAAUCUGCCCUAAUCGCCUUCUUCACACUACACAACCAAUCUCCUCUUCCUUGUACCAACCUCACUUCAAUUCAAUCCUGCAACGCCAAGAUAUGAAGGUAGACGUCCUAAAGACCAGCAUUGUGAGGCCAGCCGAUGAGGUGACGGGCAGCCGGCCUAGAAGCCAACAUCAUCAGCGGCUGUGGCUGUCCAACUUGGACCUCUUGCACGGCCGGAUCCACGUGCGCACGGUGUUCUUCUACAGACCCGGCGACGACACGUACUACAGCAGCAGUCCGGCAUCGAAGGAGAUCAGUUACUUCGAUGCCAGACUGCUGAAAGACGCGCUGAGCCAGGCGCUCGUAGCGUUCUACCCGUUCGCAGGGCGCCUGGCGAGGGACGAGAAGGGGAGACUGGAGGUGCACUGCAACGGUGAAGGUGCGUUGUUCAGGGAAGCAGAGGCUGAUGUUUCGUUGGACGAGCUCGGCGAGUUCAAGCCUGGUGCAGAGCUUCUCAAGCUAUUGCCCAGCGUUGAUUACUCACGAGGGAUCUCUUCUUACCCUCUGUUGCUUCUUCAGGUGACGAGAUUCAGAUGCGGCGGAGUGAGCCUCGGGAUCGGCACCCACCACAGCUUGGUCGACGGAGAAUCAGCCAUGAGCCUUAUCAACGCAUGGGCGAACACGGGUCGUGGCUUUCCCCCGGUCGUCUCGCCUUUCCUGGACCGCACCAUUCUUCGAGCCAGGAACCCACCUGACCCAAAAUUUCACCACUCCGAGUACGAUCCAUCCCCGGUCCUGAUCAAUGGCACUCCAAACCGAACCGAAAACCCAACCGCCAUGGCCGUCCUCACGUUCACACCCGACCAACUCAAUGCUCUGAAGAAACAGGUCGACCCCAACCAGUACGAGGCCGGCUACUACAGCACAUACCAGAUCCUAACGGCACACAUUUGGCGCUGCGUGAGCAGAGCACGAGGCCUGGCCGACGACCAACAGACGAGGCUGCACAUGUCGGUUGAUGGCAGGUCCAGGCUAACGAACCCGCGGGUUCCCUCGGGGUACUUCGGAAACAUGAUCUUCCAUGCUGCUCCCACUGCAUUGGUCGGGGAGCUUGUUUCGGAGCCCAUCGUCCGAACCCUCGAGAGGAUCCGACGAGCGGUUGACAGGAUGGACGACGAGUACCUGAGGUCGGCGAUAGAUUACCUGGAGGACCCCGUCGACCCGAAUGGUGUGAUGCAGGUUCCGGAGACCUGUCGGUCGCCGAACCUGAAGAUCAUCAGCUGGAUUCGACUGCCUUUCGAGUUCACCGACUUCGGGUGGGGCAGGCCUACCGAUUAUCGUCCUGCGAGUUUGUUCGAAGGGAAGGGGAACCUUCUGCCGUGGAAUGGUGAUGGGAGUCUGUCCCUGGCGAUCUGCUUGGAGGCGGAUGCUAUGGUGUCCUUCCAACAGUUGGUUCAUGAUAUUGAUAGCGGUUGGGGAAAAUUCACGGCAAGACUUUAAUAUCACGUCAAGAAUGAAUGCAUCUCAACAAGAUUCAGAUUCAAGAUUUUAUUGUUCGUGUGAAGAACUGGUUCAUCCAAACAACAGCAAGAAUGGCUCAAAUAAUGUUUUUAUAUUGUUAUAAAAAAUUGCUUAGUAUCGCCGUGAAUAACGAUGGAGAGCUUGGUUUUAUUGGUACUACCAUUGAUUUCAACAUGGAGAUUUCAAGUUUGAAUUUCAAAGUGGACUUCCUCUUUCCACGUACCUCUUUUAGUAACAUGUAAAAAAAAUUUGCAGUGAAUGU